AUGUUUAAUCGGCAAUGUUUCUUAUGUGGUCAAAGUAGCGAGAAUGCGGCAGCCUUGGAAACUAUCAGCGACGCUGCUCACGAUCAAAAAUUUCGUUCUCAAAUAGAACUGAUUGUACCUGCAUUGUCGCUCAUUGGGGAAAAUUUUCACCGUUCUUGCUAUUCAACACUUAUUGCAAAAAGAAGACGUUUAGAAAUCAAAAGAGGAAAACAAGCACAAUCGGUUACUCUAGAUGAUCAAGUGUAUCCCUCAUUUCUGGCACAAGAUGGUAAAUAUUUUGACAGUUCAAACAUGCGUCACGUCUUCAUUGGAUCUUUUACACGGCGGACCUCAACUGAUGAUGAUCAACAAUCAACAGCAGACUCUUCUGUCGAAACUGUUUGGCAUGAUAGAGACACUGCACAAUCACAAACUAUUGAACCAAAUGAGCCGUGCGAUCCGUAUUUAUUUCGAGGUGAAGAUGAACUGGAUGCUGGCCACCGCCAGGAUCUUGGUUUUUCAAAAACGGCAGAGAAUCAAAAUGCACACUAUAUCUGUACACAGACCGCGUUUGAUCAACUGAUUCAAUGGUUAUGGACCACUUUAGCUGAUGGCAAUAUUGUCAAAGUUUCAUAUGCCUAUGAGAAAUUACGAGAAUUAGGAGAUACAGUCACCCACUAUCGGACGUUUGUUGAGCGAAUGAAAACUUUUGAUGGUUACCGCAUUAUUUGCUCAAGUAAACGUUCGGAAAGUUAUAUCGUAUUGAACGACUUUUCAGUUUAUUUGCACUUGAUGCUGCAAAAUUUGUUGGAUGAUAGUGGAGUGAUUAAUAUCGUCACAUUUCCGGCAAUGAUGCUGGCGCCUCAACCUCAGCAGAUGCCCAAUAAUAUAGAAAAUGAAAACUUGAUUAGAACAUCACGAAUAAUUCGCCUUCUAAAAAUAGUCGUCGAUAAAAUCGAGACUGAUGAACCAACAACGACAGAAACACCAACGGACAGAUGUAUUUCAGAGAUUUCAAGUUUAAUUCCAAUUGAAGAUACGUUUCCUCCUCCUCCUCCACCACCGCCAAUCAUCUUUUGUCCUCCUGCUUCACCAUUGGCAUCCGAAAAUAAUAAUGAACACAGAGAACCAUUAUUAUUUACAUUGGAAAAGAUUUUCGUUUAUGAUAAACAUAGUGAUUCUUAUGUUUGA